AUGUUGCCCAUACACGAGAUGGCGUUGAGUCUUGCCCUGAUUUCUGCCGUAUCAGCUACCACCGGCUCUAUUGGCAUUGCCAGAGACCUCGAUGGGCCUAAUGACUACUCGUGGAUUAAGAAAUUUGCCGCUGUGGGAGACAGCUUUACAGCGGGAAUUGGAUCCGGAGAUCUAUACAGCGAGAACGACAACUCUUACGAUUGCUCACGAUAUUCUUACACCUAUCCUGUAAUUAUGAACCAUUUCUUCGGGCCCAGUAUAGACAAAUUCACAUAUACUGCAUGCUCUGGAGCUAUCUCAACCGGAAUAUUUGAGCAGAUCAAUAAUUUAGACGAUAACCAAGAUCUUGUCAUCUUGACCGCUGGUGGAAAUGAUCUUUGUCUUUCGAAAAUCAUAGACAAAUGUAUCGCUGGUGCAGCACCGUCAGCAGACGGAUGUGACGCUGCCAUAAAGCAUGCCCGGGACGCACUUGGAUCAGGAGGUUACUUCAAGCAGAAUAUCAAGGAGGUUCUCACGGCGAUUGAUUCCAAAAUGGCAAAAGAUGGGAUUGUGGUCCAAGUCUUGUAUGCCCAAUACUUUAAUGAUAAUACGGAUGCCUGUACAAGCGAAGAUUGGCAGAUUGUCGAUCUGAGUGCUGGAGGUCUACCGCUGAGCAAAGAAAGGCGCACGGAGUUCAACUCACUGGUAGUGGACACCAAUAAAGCCAUAAGAGAGGUUGUGGAAGAGGUUGCAGCCGACGCAAUGACUAUGACCCUUGUAGCUGCUGAUUGGGAUCCUUGGGCACCGCUAACUGGCGGACAAUUCUGUGAGCCAGAUGCAAGCCCAGAUCCUGACGACAAAAGCAACGCAGACGUAAUGUUCUUUAAGCUAUUUACCGGUAGAAUUCCUCAGUUGGAGGGCCGCAGACUUAACACUAUGCAAUACGACAACGCAACAUCCAUCGUUGAGCCUUAUCCUUCAGAGAUGGCAAAGCGCGACCCCGUCGAUCCUCAAUGUGGGAAAUCAUCCCUCUCUCUCCCUGACUUUAUCGGAAAAAUCUUUCACCCCAACAACCUUGGCCACGAAGUCAUUGCGGCAUUUGCCCUUGACGCCAUUGCAGAUGCCCGUGCUAGUAUACUCGGGCAAGGCCCCGUAUGUCCCAUUGUUGAUGAGACAACGUGCUACUCAGGCCAGGGAAGCACGGCCUAUGCUAGUGCUGAAUCCCUUAAUAACCAAAUUGAUGAUUUCUGCGGCUAUGUAGCCGACAAUGUUCCAGAGAACGAGUCUGGUUGGAUCCGCAGCAAAUCUUAUUACGGGGGUACUUUAGAUGAGUACACGAUGAUCGUAUCACUCUCUGACCACGCCGCCAAAUUUGAAGUAGGUGCCUGCAAGAAAGCUAUCGGUACUAUUAUCAAUGGCUGUGACGUGCCUCACGGGGACGAAAAUCCAAUGAAUUGGAAGGGUGGCGGCAAGAGAGUUGAGGGCGAGUAUACUUAUGCAAUCAACAUUUUGCGGACGAAUCGCCCAUGGCCCCCGCCAAAGAAGUCAACACAAGCUUGCUGGGGGUGGUACAAGUUUAUAUUUCAGUCCUACAAUAUGUAUGGUGCCGGAUGGGCAACAUAUGACUGGGGGCAGAAGUCGUUAAUGAAAGAAGUAAAUCCGUGCUGUGGCUCUGGCAGUCUUACAGGCUGGACAUUUGACUACUUUGACAAACCGGAUGAAAACGGAUAUGAGUGGCAUGCCUUUUUCCAUACUGCGAUUGGAACUCGUCGUCGGUGCUUUGACAACAACAAUGUCCAGUGCGCCGCUGGAGGCCCAUGUGAUGGUGGCGGCUGUCGAGGUAACGGAUAA